AUGGAGGCCACGCUGCUGAUCCCCAACUUCCUCUACUUGGGAUCGGAAUUCAAUGCAGCAAACAGGGAGCUGCUGAUUGAGUACAACAUCUCGGCAAUCGUGAAUGCUGCCGCGCCGCAAACCGCCAAUCAUUUCAUUCAGGAGUCCUCCUGCUACCGCUACCACUCCAUCGAUUUGCUGGACGCGGCAGAGGAAGAUCUGCUGAAGCACAUCGAACCCUACAGUCGCUUUCUCGACGAGGCCGAGAGGAAGGGUGAGGUGGCCCUGGUGCACUGCAAGUCGGGCAACUCGCGCGCUGCCGCCCUGUGCAUAGCCCACCUCAUGCGCCGCCACCGCUGGCCGCUGGCCAAGGCGUUUGCCUUUGUCAAGAUGAAGCGCCCAGCCGCGCAGCCCAACAAGGGAUUCCUCGAACAACUGGCGAUCUACCAGCGGUACCUUCAAGAAGAGGAGGAGCAAGCAGAGCAGGAGGAAAACGAUCACGACGAUGACGAUAAAGACCAAGACGGGGAUGAAGGGGCGCAGGAGGAGGAAGACGCGAUGGAGCUGGAGUUGGCGCGAAGGCGCGCGGCCUUCAUGCGGCGGUACGCCGGCGGCGGCGAGGACGACAGCAGCGACGAGGGAGAAGGCGAGGAGUACGAGAUGGAGCUCGACGAUGACCAAGAGCCACUGGUCAAGGGGAAAGAGAAGCAGCAGCCAGCCGCGGUGGCGAACACGAACGAAGAUCUGAAUUGGGAGAAGCAACGCAAAGAUGAAGAGGAAGAUGAUGAAGAAGAGGAGCGGGAGGAGCGGGAAGAAGAGGCCAGGAGGGCCAAGGCCAAGCGGGACUGGCAGCGCUGGUUCGCCAAGCCGCCGGCGCUGGUCGACCUCGUUGUCCGACAUCGGAGGGCCGCCCUGGCCCACCGCGUGAGCGCCCUCUUCGCCGCCGGCAACUGGGAAGCGUUGUGCACAGAGCUGAAGCGAGUUUACGCGUCGCUGCGCGACACGCCCGAGUUCGUGAACAUCGUGCGCGCGGCCUACUUCGCGGCGACUAAGGCCGACGCCGUUGCUGCGGCCGCUGCCAUUGUCGCGGCCCAGACGGCCACCGGCGAGGAGGCCAAGCUCGAUGCCGUCGUCGACUGGCGGCGCAUACAGCAGGAGCGGCUCGUAUCCACCUUUGGCACCGCCCCGGAGCCCGGCUUCCAGCGGGCGUUUGAGCAAACGCUGCCCUACUUCCUCAACCCGCUCGCCAAGACCUAUCGUCGCCCAUCUGGACCGCACCCUCAACGAAGCCCCAAGGAGGUGGAGGACGAGCUGUGGCCGCUGUUGGAGAGCAGCCUGCCGUACAUGGGCAGGAACGCGGCCGCCUUCGAGUUCCACUUUGCCAACGCCCUCGCCGGCCGCCUCCUCUCCAUUGGCCCCGGACAGAACCACAGGUUUCACGUGGAGCGCGCGGUGGCACAGCUCGUGGGUCGCUUUCCGAGCUUUAGCGGUUUCGGUGCGCUCAUGGAGGCGAUGGUCAGCGAUGCCCAGUUCUCCUUCGAAAUGGAGGAAAUGCAGAAAUCGGCCGCCAAAGACAAGGUGCGACAGGGCGAGGAGAGCGGGGCGCUGGUGAGCGUGCGACUGCUGGCCGCCGAUCUGUGGCCUCGCCGGCGCAUCCUCCCUCCGGCCUCCAAGGACCUCACCGACGCCGACAUGCGCAGCUGGCGCGGCGUCCCUCUCGCCAACUGGCCCAAGAGGUACCAGCACCUCCCUCUGGGGGUCAUGAUGCACAACGAGGAGUGGUGA